UCAAAACCAAAAGAGAGAGAUUUCUGGUUUGUUUUAUGUUUGUAACAGCGAUCCGUCAGUACUUCUGUACAAGUUGUAUCAUCUUUAGAUCAGCUGGAUUUUAAAGGCUUAAAAGGGUUUAGCUUGCGAGGCAAGAAAACAAGCGAACGUUAUCGUACCAUGGUUGCAGCGUUGGAACGAGGACUAAGCGCUUCCAAGUCAUUCCAUUUCAAAAGAAUGUUUGAUUCAUCAUCGACAAAACAUCAGCAACCACAAACAAUUGUUGUGGAGAAGGGAGAUUCACAUCUUGUUGAAUCCAAAACGCCUAAAAGCGAAAACUCCGAUAGCUUGUCAGAAAGCCCCGUUGAGAGCAUUCCUCCGAUGAUUUCUCCUCUUAAUCGGCCAGGAAAACGACCUGAUAGACAACAAGCAGAUACGGAGAUGAUGAAGGACAGGUUCGCGAAAUUACUUCUUGGAGAAGAUAUGUCUGGUGGUGGAAAAGGAGUAUCUUCUGCUUUGGCUCUUUCCAACGCCAUCACAAAUCUCGCUGGUACAUCUUUUUCUUUUAAUGAAGCAAGGUCUUUUCUUGAUUUUUGUAUAUUCUGAUGAUGGUACAAUCGGUUUUCAGCGUCUAUAUUCGGAGAACAAACAAAGCUACAACCAAUGCCGCAAGAUAGACAAGCUCGGUGGAAGAAAGAGAUUGAUUGGUUGUUGUCUGUGACCGAUCACAUCGUCGAGUUUGUUCCUUCUCAGCAAACGAGCAAAGAUGGAGUUUGCACCGAGAUUAUGGUGACAAGACAAAGAGGUGAUCUUCUCAUGAACAUCCCAGCCUUGAGAAAACUCGACACCAUGCUCAUCGAUACACUUGACAAUUUCAAAGGACACAAUGAGUUUUAUUAUGUGUCAAGAGAUUCAGAAGAAGGGAAACAAGCAAGUAAUGCUAGGUCAAACGAUAAAUGGUGGCUUCCUCCGGUGAAAGUUCCUCCAGGCGGUUUAUCUGAACCGGCUCGGAGAAUGCUUUACUACCAGAAAGAUUCAGUCACUCAGGUCCAAAAAGCUGCAAUGGCCAUUAAUGCUCAAGUCCUCUCCGAAAUGGCAAUACCCGAGAGCUAUAUCGACUCUCUCCCAAAGAACGGAAGAGCUAGUCUUGGGGACUCGAUCUACAAGAGCAUAACAGAGGAGUGGUUUGAUCCAGAGCAGUUUUUGUCAAUGUUGGACAUGUCCACAGAACACAAAGUGUUGGAUUUAAAGAAUAAGAUUGAGGCAUCUGUUGUGAUAUGGAAGAGGAAGCUUCACGUAAAGGACAGCAAAUCUUCUUGGGGAUCAGCAGUUAGCUUGGAGAAAAGAGAAUUGUUCGAAGAGAGAGCAGAGACCAUCUUGAUCUUACUCAAACAGAAAUUUCCCGGUCUUCCUCAAUCUUCACUUGACAUCUCCAAGAUUCAGUUUAACAAGGACGUUGGACAAGCGGUGUUGGAGAGUUACUCGAGGAUACUUGAGAGCUUGGCUUACACGGUGAUGUCUAGGAUAGAAGAUGUUCUUUACACAGAUUCUUUGGCACAAAAGCAAACUUUAAUGGCUGAAGAAACAUCAGAUGGUGGGAGAACAACAGAAACGGAUUCAGAGUCAGCGGGAUCUUCUAACUCGGGAGAAGAAACCGAGAAGCUUGACCCACGCUACUCUAAGACCUUGCUAGAUUUCAUGGGUUGGAGUGACAAUAGUUCCAAAAGCAGCGAUAAACCUACUAAAUCCCCAGGUCUUACGCCGAAAAAGUUCUCCUACUUGGAAAAUUUGAAUGGUUUUAGAAGUCCCAAAGCCAGACAUUGAGUCAGGAAAAUACAUGUGUGAUACAUUUACAAAGAGCAUAGAAGUAGCAAAUGAAUUAUUUACACCCCUUCCUUCCGGCGGUCUUCAUCGGAUAGAGAAGUCUUUAGCUUAAGGGGUUAAGCCCCUGCUCUUUAAAAGAAGAUAACUAUAUUUCAGUUUUACAUGUUUGUUCCAUAAUCUUUAAUAAUGCCUUGUUGCUCUUGACUUCUAAAAU